GUGAGUGUAACGCUACUGUAGCUGCGUGUGUCUCGAAGGGAAGCGGUUCCCCCCUUCCGCCGGCCCCCAUGGACGACGCCCAGGAGCAAUACACCCCAAUUAGGAAGAAAUAAAUCCGACAAGGCGAGGCUUUGUCCCAUCAGUUCUCAUUUGGUGGACACCAUAGAAUGGAUCGGGCGAUGGAGCAGCUAAACGUACAGCUCAGUCGGCUGACCCGUUCCCUCCGCCGGGCCAGGACAGUGGAACUUCCGGAAGACAAUGAGACCGCAGUGUACACACUUAUGCCAAUGGUCAUGGCUGACCAGCACAGGUCAGUGUCAGAGUUACUGCUCAACUCCAAGUUUGAUGUGAACUACGCCUUUGGACGAGUGAAAAGAAGUCUACUACACAUCGCUGCAAACUGUGGGUCAGUGGAGUGUCUGCUUCUGCUGCUGAAGAGAGGAGCCAACCCAAACUACCAGGACAUCUCUGGCUGUACCCCUCUGCACCUUGCUGCUAGGAAUGGACAGAAGAAGUGUAUGGGCAAACUACUGGAAUUUAAUGCUGAUGUCAACAUCUGCAACAAUGAGGGACUAACUGCUAUCCACUGGUUGGCAGUGAAUGGGCGGACUGAGCUCCUCCACAUUCUGGUCCAGCAUGUGUCCAACGUGGAUGUGGAAGAUGCCAUGGGGCAGACGGCUCUACAUGUGGCCUGUCAGAACGGACACAAAACGACGGUGUUGUGUCUUCUAGACAGUGGAGCUGACAUCAACCGGCCAAACUUAUCUGGAGCCACGCCUCUGUACUUUGCCUGCAGCCAUGGCCAAAGAGACACUGCACAGAUCCUGCUCUCUCGGGGUGCCAAAUACCUCCCUGACAAGAAUGGAAUCACUCCUAUGGAUCUAUGUGUGCAGGGUGGAUAUGGGGAGACCUGCGAGAUCCUCAUCCAGCACCACAGCAGGCUUUUCCAGACCCUCAUCCAGAUGACACAAAAUGAUGAUUUGAAAGAGAGCAUGCUUAGGCAGGUUCUGGAGCAUGUCUCUCAGCAGAGUGACAGUCAUUACCUGAGGAUCUUGACCGGUCUUGCUGAAGUGGCUACCACUAAUGGACACAAGCUUCUCAGCCUGUCCAGCAGUUAUGACGCUCAAAUGAAGAGUCUGCUGAGAAUCGUUCGUAUUUUCUGCCAUGUGUUCAGCCUGGGGCCUUCAUCACCCAACAAUGGCAACAAGACGCCUCGGAGCCAGGUCUUUAAGCCUUUGGAGCUGCUGUGGCACUCCCUGGAUGAGUGGUUGGUGCUCAUCUCCACAGAGUUGGAGAGGAACAGAAAGAACCCGUCUUCCUCCUCUUCCAGCAGUGAGAUCGCCUCUCUGCUUCUCAAACAACGGGAGGCCGACCCCUCUGACUCCAAGCCAAAGGUCCCCUCCUUGCUGGACCCUGAAGCCGUCAUGGAAACGGAGGUGUACGCCGAUGGGGAGGACGUCAUCUCCAUGACAGCCAGUCGGCUCAGUGCUGUGAUUCAGGCCUUCUAUAUGUGCUGCUCCUGUCAGAUGCCACAAGGAAUGACAUCCCCUCGCUUUAUUGAGUUUGUCUGCAAGCAUGAUGAGGUGCUCAAAUGUUUUGUCACCAGAAAUCCAAAGAUCAUCUUUAACCACUUCCAUUUCCUUCUGGAGUGUCCAGAGUUGAUGUCACGCUUCAUGCACAUUAUCAAGGGCCAGCCCUUCAAGGAUCGCUGUGAGUGGUUCUAUGAGCAUCUGCUGGCUGGCCAGCCAGAUUCAGACAUGGUUCAUCGUCCGGUCAACGAGAACGACAUCCUGCUCAUCCACAGAGAUACCGUAUUCAGAAGCAGCUGUGAGAUGUUUUCCAAGUCCAGCAAUGAGAAACUCAAACAGGGCAUUGCUGUUCGCUUCCAUGGAGAGGAGGGGAUGGGCCAGGGUGUGGUCCGGGAGUGGUUUGACAUUCUGUCCAAUGAGAUCGUCAACCCAGACUAUGCUCUUUUCACUCAGUCAGCUGAUGGUACAACCUUUCAGCCCAACAGUAACUCCUCGGUGAACCCAGACCAUCUGAACUACUUCCAGUUCGCGGGUCACAUCCUGGGUCUGGCUCUGUACCACCGACAUCUGGUCAACAUCUACUUCACCCGCUCGUUCUACAAACACAUUCUGGGUAUCCCGGUGAGCUACCAGGACGUCUCGUCCAUUGAUCCAGAGUAUGCAAAGAACCUGCAGUGGAUCUUGGAUAACGACAUCAGUGAUCUGGGUCUGGAGCUCACCUUCUCUGUAGAGACGGACGUGUUCGGGGCGAUGGAGGAAGUGCCGCUUAAACCUGGGGGGACCAGCAUCCUGGUCACCCAGGACAACAAGGCCGAGUACGUCCAGCUGGUGACGGAGCUGAGGAUGACACGAGCCAUCCAGCCUCAGAUUAACGCCUUCCUGCAAGGAUUCCACACCUUCAUCCUCCCCUCGCUCGUCCAGCUUUUUGACGAAUAUGAAUUGGAGCUCUUGUUGUCAGGCAUGCCAGAGAUCGAUGUGCAGGAUUGGGUCAGGAACACUGAGUACACCAGUGGCUACGACCCUCAGGAGCCAGUCAUCCAGUGGUUCUGGAAGGUGGUGAACGGUCUGUCCAAGGAAGAACGGGUUCUUCUGCUUCAAUUUGUCACUGGAAGUUCCAGGGUUCCGCAUGGUGGCUUUGCCUUCCUGAUGGGCGGCAGUGGUUUACAGAAGUUCACCGUUUCUGCAGUGGCAUUCAGCUCUGACCUACUGCCUACCGCCAGUACCUGUAUCAACAUGCUGAAACUCCCAGAAUACCCAAGCCAGGAGGUCCUGAGAGACCGGCUGCUGGUUGCGCUGCAUUGUGGGAGCUAUGGUUACACCAUGGCGUAGUAUCAGUCUCCCUGCUGCUACUCUGAGGGUUUGCAGACUCGUGCACACUUUCUGCAGCCAGGCGCUGCUUUUGCUGGACAACAAAAAAAGGGAAAUUCAAAUUGUUAUGAAUGAGCUGCUGCAGAGCCACACCAGACUGAAUGGAGACCACAGAAUCUGGAUCUUCAUACCGGUGACAACUUCUUUUCAUUGAAGUUGGUAUCUGAUAAUUUAUGCAAAUAACAAUUGAAUAUCUUCUAAAUCUGAACAUGUAAAACAUAAUUGAAAAACAUAAUUUAUACCAUGAAUUCUCUACUUAAAUAGAAUAAACACAAGACAACAUAUUCAUGCAUGCUUUCUGAAUGUCAACAAUGGAUUUGGUUUCAGGAGCUUUCCAUAUGGAACCAUUGUAGAAUUGAAUAGUUUCUAACAUGGAAUCAAUCAUUGCGAUCAGAUCCAAAUCACUGUUGUCUUCAAUGGUCCAUAAUCAGGCCCACAUACCAGAAAACUGGUAUGAUAAAACAAAAACAUUUCAUUUUCACCUGGUUUUAAGAUUUUCUUUUUUAUCAUCUCCAUAAGAAAAAAAGUCCUUGUCUUUUAGGCUGGUAGCUUAUGUCUACUACGAAAAGCCCUUCCCACCAGGGCUGGCGAUUAUCAGAGGUUUAAGAUGCCACGGUGCCAACAUGAUACCUUGUUUUUUUAUCCCAUAUGGCAAGAAACCAAAAUCUCUUACUUUGUUUCACAAAAUGAUCCAAACUUACACAAUACAGUAAAAUCAAUAUGUAUGAAAGUUAUUAUCAUUUGAUCCAAAGUCAUCUGGUCAGUCUAUAUGGUUUCAGGGAUGUGGAGCUUUAAAUACGCUAAAAGAAGAAAGGCUGUGUCUAUCAUUUCAUGUUGUAGUAUAAAAAUAGACCAUCAUUGGAUCUAUAGGACCCUGGCCCAGAUCAAAAAGUACACUAACAAAUAUUGACAAGUAAUGAUCACUCUCAUUUUUAUGAACCUGUACUUUACAGAUUGGUUUCAGUAUUUCUAGUCUGGAUAUAUUGAAAUUGAGCUAUUUUUAGAGCAACCAAAAAAUAUAAGAUUCAGUAUUUCCUCAGCUGAAGUUUAGUUCUGUGUGCAGAAGGAUUUAAAUGACCAGUUAACUAUUUAAAUCAAAUACUCGUUGCAGGAGUCGGGUGGUGGUGAUGAUGGAUUCGUGACCUUAGUAUUUCUGAAAUAUAUACUGUAUGUUUGACCAAUCGAAUAGAUGGAAAAUAAUGUUUCAAAUAAUGAACACCAAUAUAGGGGGUGCUGUCAUUGUCGGAAAAAGUGUUUCUUUCUUGUUUUUAAAAUAAGUGCUGAAAUUAGAAUCCACACUAAGGAUUAAAGAGAUCAUGGAUUUCUUUUGGAGUUAAAUGCACUGUACUGUAUGUAAACUGGAAUCUGAUCCCACUGUGAUGAAACGUGUUUAAGGACUCAAAGCUGUAUUAUUGAACUUACUAUAAGACCACGCCCCUCAAAUGCUUUACGUUAAAUGCUUAGUUCAAAGAUGAAAAAUUAUUUUACAUCAUAAAUCUGAGUUUUUGCUGUAAUAUCUAUUUUUUCCAGUUUGGAAGACUUUCAUAAGGAGCAAUACGAUAUAUCUACACGAUAAGUGUUGGCUUGCAGUGCCGAAAGACAAAACCUGAAAACCUUCUUUAAUUUGUAUUUUUGCUGACAAAAAUAUGCUGAAUAUGCUGUGUUUUUAUUCUUCUUGAGAGAAGGGCCGUGACAUUUUCCUUUCAUUUGUAAAGGGAGUGUAGAUGUUGACUUAAUAUUUCAUAUUUUCUAUCAGUGUUGUUUUGAGGACCUCGGCUGAAAUGCUUUUGUAAACUGCUGUUAAAUGUUUAUUGAAAAUUCAUCCUUUAUAGAUAUUUAUGUAAAUGUCUACAGUAUCAAAUUAUACAUAUUCAAAUAUGUUGUGCUUUGAGAUUUUAUCCAAUAAAAGUAAUUUUGACAAUC